GUUCCCAGUGUGUGUUGCGUGGUGUGCACCAGAUUUACCAGAUCAGUAUGCGGGUAGUUAUACUGGGAGCCGGUUACGGAACGAGGUUCCAGCGGGACGCUGAUGCUGAUGCAAGCGGCCAGUAUAGCCAUCUGUCGGGCAUUCCCAAACCACUACUUCCGAUCGGAGACGCGCCAUUGGUGACUCACUGGAUCCGCGACCUGGAAGAUGUGACGCGCCACGAGCCCGUGGAAAUUGAAGAGGUAGUCGUCGUCGUCAACGUGCUAAAUAAGCCACAGUUCGAGCAGUGGCAAGCCGGCCUGACCACACCACUGAAGGUGACAUUGACCUGCGAUGGGGCCAGCAGCAAUGACACGCGCCCUGGGGCCAUCGCCUGCAUGGCCAUUGGGGUCGGCAACAACUGGUCACGUGACGUGCUCUUCAUCGGUGGCGACACGCUGUUCCCUCGCGAGUUUUCACUGGCCGGCUUCCUGCGCGCCGCCCAGCAGCAGCUGGGCGUGCACCCGGGCUCGUGUCACGUGACAGCCGUGCCGUGCCCCGAGGAGCGUGUCAGCCGACACGGCAUCGUCGAACUCGACGACCAGCGGUGCGUCGUCGGCUUCAAGGAGAAGCCUCAGCCCAGCGAGACGACCUCGCGAUUGCAGUGCCCGUGCUUCUACCUGAUCCCGGCAGCGACCCUGGGCCGCUUGGAGGCGUACCUGGCGAGUCACGCCAGCCUGGCUGAGCGCGACGCCACUGGCCUGCUGGUGGCGGAGCUGGCGCGCCAGGGACGAGUGGUGGCGCACCCGUCGCCCGGCCGCUACGACGUGGGCAGUCUGGAGACGUACCGCAGCUGCUGCCAGGCGAUGGCAGCCGGCCGAGGGGGCGCGGUGCGCACGGCAAACUGCUGAAACUGGUGCGAGGUGGCGCUGGGGUUAGUUCCUGUGGGAUGCGGUGCUGCCACCAGGGCAUGGAAAAUGGAAUAGUGGCAGACGCUGAGGCGUUGAUGUCAGAGUAGCCCUGGCGUGCUCAGCAGGAGGUGCUUCAGGGAUUUUUUGCUGGCUCGUGGUGGGAAUGCGUGGCUUGUGCAUAUAUCGUCCACAUGUGAGUAACGGACUUUCCAGCCCCAAGAUGACAGUGUAGGCUCUUCCAUUAUUUCGAUAGGCGAGAUGCAUUACACACAAUAGUCAUACUCACCACAUGUUUAGCUCGCCCUCACUGCCGAACUCAACCUGAUCACAGGGAUUCAUCCGGGCCUGAACGUUCUAGAUUUGUCGACAGCUGAUCACAUGCAGGUUGGGGCGUGUUGGAAAUUGACACGCGUGUUUUUUCUGUUCCACAGAACAGAUAGGUAAAUGCGUGAAUAAGUAAAUUGAGCAAAUACAGAUGAAAAUAGAUAUGAAA